AGCACUUCGUUUCGUUGGUUAUAGUAUCAUUUUCUUUUCUUGCGGUUUGAAGUGAUGACAGUUUGUUUUAGGGCUUCUUUAGUUCAGUUUUCUGUUUUCACUUGAUUUUCAACUGUUAGUUAGUGAAGUUGUAAUUUAUUGUUUUGUGUUUUUAAUGAAACUUCUUUAAAUCCUUAUACAAUACAAAUUCAGUUAAUUAAAUUAUAAAAAGAGUGUAAUGAGUGAAAUUGUUAAUAGUUCAUUUCAAACACCACAAGAAAUGGAGAAAAUUAAACAAAUUAAUUUAAAUGGAAGUAAUGUUCAGCCCAUGAAGGUUGCAGUAAUAGGAGCUGGAUUGGUUGGCUCUCUUGCGGCGUUAAAUUUGGCAAAAAAGGGACAUGAAGUUCAUCUAUACGAAUACCGAGAAGAUAUGCGAGGAUCAGAUAUUCCACAAGGACGAAGUAUUAACCUCGCACUAUCUCAGCGAGGUCGAAAGGCAUUAGCUGCUGUUGGUUUGGAAGAUGAGGUUCUUAAAACUGCCAUUCCAAUGAAAGGACGUAUGUUGCACGAUAUGAAAGGAAAAACUACAGUUGUUAUUUAUGAUUCAUGUAAUCAUCAGUGCCUCUACUCCGUCGGAAGAAAAUAUUUGAAUGAAAUACUUUUGAACGAAGGACAAAAAUAUGAAAAUAUUCAUUUGCAUUUUCAACAUAAACUGCUUGCAGCUAAUUUAUCGGAAGGCACAAUGCAGUUCAAGAGAAGCCAAACACCUACCGAAAUCGUAAAUACCGAAGCUGAUCUGAUAAUCGGGUGUGAUGGGGCCUUUAGCGCUGUUCGAAACCAAAUGAUCAAAGUUCCUGGCUUCAACUAUACCCAGGAGUAUAUUGAACAUGGCUACUUAGAGCUCUGUAUCCCAGCUAAGGAUGGAGAAUUUCAAAUGCCCGAGAAUUAUUUGCACAUCUGGCCAAGGGGUUCUUACAUGAUGAUUGCACUUCCAAAUCAGGACAAAUCUUUCACAGUGACACUGUCCAUGCCAUUUACGGUUUUCAACACAAUUACGGACGCAGAUUCCUUAAUUGAUUUCUUUGAAACAAACUACUGCGAUGCUCUUCCGUUGAUUGGAAAAGAAAGGCUAAUCAAAGAUUUCUUCAAGUCUAAACCCCAACAUUUAGUAUCGAUAAAGUGCUAUCCAUAUCAUAAUUCUAAAUCACUACUGAUUGGAGAUGCUGCUCAUGCAAUGGUACCCUACUAUGGACAGGGAAUGAAUGCUGGAUUUGAAGAUUGUAGUGUGCUAUUUUCAAUUCUUGAACAAUCUAAUAUUACUGUUGAAGAAGCCUUGAAACAAUUCACCGAAACAAGAUGGCGAGAUGCUCAUGCAAUUUGUGAUUUAGCAAUGUAUAAUUAUGUAGUUAUGCGAGAUUUGACAAAAAGAUUCUCUUUCCGUUGUCGUAAGGUAUUCGAUGACCUGCUCUAUACCCUCUUUCCCAGCUUUUGGGUGCCGCUUUAUAAUAGUGUCUCCUUUACUAAUAUGCCUUAUAGCAAGUGCAUCGAAAAUAGAAAGUGGCAAGACAAGGCUCUGUACAAGACAUUUGUUACUGCAGGAAGUAUAACUGCACUUAUUGGGUUAUCCUAUGCAGCAGUAGUUUUUGUUCCAACUUUAGUUUCUAAGGGUACAAUACGAUUUUCUUAAUUUUUUUGUACAAAUAUAUCGUUUCUAUGUUUUUAAUAAAAUUGAAUGUUUUAGUUUAAAAA